CUUCACAAGGCCCAGAGAUGAACGCUAAGCUGGCGCUUCUGCUCAUCGCCGCCGUCGUGGCUGUCGCCUCUGCCGGCUACCGUCGGUACUCUGGCGGUUACGGUGGCUACUCUGGCGGAUACGGCGGCUACGGCCGCCGAUACGGUGGCUACGGCGGAGGAUACGGGGGCUACGGUGGCGGAUACGGUGGCUACGGCGGUGGAUACCGUGGCGGCUAUGGUGGUUACAGCCGCAGCUUUGGCGGGUACGGGCGCGGCUACAGUGGUUACAGCCGCGGCUACGGUCAUUAAAGACGUUCCCUGGGUGGCUACGUCGGAUCGUACCAGCCACGCAGCAAGGCAAAUAUGCAUCCAAGAGCUACCGGUGCAGCUAUUACUCCAGCAGCAAGUGACACAAUGAGCACGACCCUAGUGACGUUGAAUCCCCUGUCUGAAUAGAGGCUUUUGCGUGAUGUGUUCCUAUAUUUUCCUUUGAUAGUGGAAGAAAAUAAAUUAUUCUUGUAUGUCA